AUAAGCAACUUAAAUUUUCUCAUGAAUAUUUUUGAAUCAUCGUUUACCGAGUUGAACUACGGCACACACCAGCACUCUGAUACAUCUUCUUCGUCAGAAACAAGUUCCUCAAACCAUAAUAAUUCAGAAACGUUUUUGGCAUCUGAGAGACCAAAGAAGCGAACAGGUAGAAGAGUAUUCAAGGAGACAAGACACCCUAUGUACCGAGGAGUACGAAAGAGGAACAAUAACAAGUGGGUUUGUGAGAUGCGAGUUCCUAACCGUAACAAAUGCAGCAAGUCAAGGAUUUGGCUUGGAACAUAUGCUACACCAGAAAUGGCUGCACGUGCACACGAUGUUGCUGCACUCGUUCUUAAGGGGAAAUCAUCAGCUUGUCUUAAUUUUGCUGAUUCGGCGUGGCGGUUGAGGUUGCCGGAGUCCAAUGAUGCAGAGGAGAUAAGGAAAGCUGCCAUAGAAGCGGCUGAGUUGUUUGCUGUUGAUCAGGACAACAACCAGUGUGAGGUUAGUGUUGGUGAUGGAGUGGUCAUUGAACAAGUUCCAACGGAAUUCGACGACAUGCAUGAUUUACUUAUGAGUAUUGCAAAUGAGCCUUUACGUUCUCCUUCUCCUUCUAUCACAGAUUAUGUUGCUAACUGGUUUGACAUUGAGAUAUUUGACACUCAAAUUUCAUCAUUAUGGAAUUUCGAAACACAAUAUUAAAGAUGUAAUUAGUUAACAAUUUGUUGUUAGUUUCUCACAAUUUCUGUAUAUGAUAUUGUGAGUAAUUCAUUAGCUUAGUAAGUUGCUUGUUUCCCGAGCGAGCAACGGUUGUAUAGGAAUAAUCAGUUAGGUUUGAUAUGUGAGGAAGUUAGGAUAGUUACUAAGUUAUUUAUUUAUUUAUUUAUUAAAGUUAUUUGGAAUAGUUUGACUAUAAGUAAUCAACAAUACAACUCUUGUAAUUAUUACUAAUUCUACUUAAUACAGAAC